UUCCUCCUAAUUUUGGCCUGUUUGUUGUUCUAGAUUUAUACUCACUCUCAGUUCAUCUAUGAGUAUCAGAUUUCAUCAUUUUCUCGGCGCUUAUCUUCAUUUUUCACGGAUUUUUUUAGUUGAUGCUGUUGAAGUCCUGCGAUUUGUUUGUUAGAUUAUUUGCGGUUGGUGCCAUCACUGAUUAUGAGAGUAGAAUAAGAUUAUGGGGUGUGUUUCUGUUUCUGUAGAAGUCACACUAUUGAACUGUUUGUGUUAAUUUUGCUGGCGGCCUUCUUUUUGACUUAAGAUUGCUGUUGCAAUUGUGAUUACUUGUAUUCAUUUUUUUUUUGUUUGCAAGAAAAAUUCUUGAAACCUAAAAUCAUAUGGAUUUCGAUGAAUUAUCUCUGCAGUAGAUUGUCCUCAGUCUCUCCCCAUUUUCCAUGCUCUUCUGAUUUUGAGCUCCUUUUUUGGAGUCUAUAUCUUGAGAUUUUCUUUCUAACUCUUUUGGAUGCUGUAAUCUGCAAUGGCCUCUGAGUUGAGUGAAGUGUAUGUCAAAGAAACAACGGAUUUCAGUUGUAUGAUAGAGAUGUCAAAAUCUUUAUGAACUUGUUUAUUUUUUCCGAGUGUACUUACAAGUGUUACUUCGUUGAUAAUCUCAACUGAUGAUAUACCCUUUUCACUAACAUUGCAGGCGAACAACUGUAUUGACCGGUUAAUGGUGCAUAUUUGUAAUUGAAGAUGUAAUUGAUGGUUGUGUUAAUAUAACGAGCCAGAAACUGUUGUGUAUUCAAGGAUGGGUGCUUCUUGUUGUGUGGCUGCCAGAGAUAAAACCAUACAAAGUGGAUCAGCUAAUGAAAUUUUGCAUAGGAACAUCCGCUACUCUCCAACAUGGAGCUUUCGCUGGGAUCAUCGAGGGCGUGUAGCUGGUGAAGAUACUUCUAUAAAUUGGUUUUCUGAUGGUAUUAGCCGGAAUGAGGGAUCAGAAAAUAAGAAUGAAUCAACAUAUGCAUCAGAGGAUGGGAGCCCUUCACAGAAUUAUCAGAGGCAUAGAUGGCAGAAAUCACCAAUUUCUGAAGGAACUCCUGGACAGGCGAGGACAUCAACUUCAGAACAAUUUGUUUCAAGUAAUGCCUCCAUGGACGUCAACGUGGAUCAGGUGAGGGGGUUGGCUGAAUCACCAAUGGUAUCAUGCCCAUCUCCUGCAAAACCAUCACUUUCGUUGCCUUCAACUUCACUGUCAGCAUCUCCCUUGUCAUCUCGAAGUCACCUGCCUCCGUCCACUUCAACCCCUGUAAGGUGGCCAUGCCGUUCCCCAGGACACCAGCUACCUUGGCAAGGUUCUGAUAGCCAAAUGCCAGGGUUUAAGUCACCAAGCAGCUUCUCUAUGUCUGAAGAAAGACCAGCAUUUCCUUCAUGGAGCAAUGAAUCAGGUAGGUGCUCCCGUGGUGGAUCUUCCGAUGGUUGGUCUAUACCUGGAUUUUCUGACCUGAUGGGCACUUCCCAUAGAGAAAGAUGGUCAUUUGAUAGUGAGUCCUUUGGUUGUAAUCGUGAAAGGUUGGUUAGAUCCAGUAGCCAGACUGUAACUUCACCUGUUGAUUUGCAAGCAUGUGGUGUAUGCUCAAAGCUUUUAUCUGAGAAGUCUUCUUGGAGCACCCAGAAGAUAAUUGCGAGUAAUGACCUUUCAAUAGUUGCGGUCCUUAUGUGCGGACAUGUUUAUCAUGCUGAAUGUUUGGAAAGUAUGACACCCGAGAUUAACAAGUAUGACCCGGCUUGCCCAAUUUGCACUUUUGGUGAGCAUCAAACUCUUAAGCUGUCAGAAAAAGCUUUGAAAGCUGAAAUGGAUUUGAAGGCUAGAAACAAGAAAUCAAGGAGCCGGGUUGUUGAUAGGGAUGUUGACGAUGAUUCUGUUGUGUUCGAUCAUUUUAGAGGGAGAGGGUGCCAGGGUAAAGGUCCCGGGAUGGAAUCCAGUUCCAGUGGGAGAAGCUCUUUUGGGAAGCCCUUUUUAAGGCGACACUUUUCAUUUGGCUCGAAGGGUUCUUCCAGAACCUUGUUAGAUAAUCAUCCUACAAGAAAGAAAGGCUUCUUUUGGGCAAGAUCUAGCAAGGAAUAAGCUGUUUGUUGGCUGUUAAGAUAUUCCACCCGUCGAUCUUCUCUGCAACCUCAGGAUUGUGAAAGGGCAAGAUGUAAUUCAUCAAUCUCUGAUUUUUGAGCAUCUUCAUAUACCGAUCUAUGAUUUCAACUGGAGUGGCUGAAGUUAAUUUGUAAAGAAGAAAUGUGGAAAGCAUACAGAAGGAUUCGAUGAAUAUAAUGAAGUUAGUGUUUUGGGAUCAGGGGUCUUUUUUUCAUUGUGUACAGAUUAAUUUGUUUAUUGCAUGGAUAUAAUGCAUAUAUCCAGAUGAUAUUUUGUUGUCUAUGGGUCUUCUGAAUGCUGAAACUGUAUGCCAUUUGCCUUUUGGGAGUUGCUGGGCAGUGUUAGGCAAUACCAAUUAUUUUGAUUGACUUAAAAGUUGGGUGCUUAGUGAAAGAACAGUUUCAGGGUACACUUACACACAAUUAGGGCUUUUAUUGUUAACAGAAUAAGAGUAUAUUCAGAUUACAUUGGAAAA